GGUUAAGACCCUCAACAAUUUAAUAAUUAAUGGUACAAAGCCCUCAUAACUUUUAUAACUGAUAACGCCCUUUUUGAUGAACUUACACGUUGUUUUUUUCCUACUCUGUUUGCCAUUGGCAGUGAUGUGUCUGUGACCAUGAGUAUGUUCGAAUCACAAUGGAAGGCUUAUGGGUGGAUCCAAGGGUUGUUAUCGCAACAAUCAUAAAUCCCAAGAUUGUAAGAGUAUUUUUGUUUCUAUAUUUAAAACAAUUAACGUCUGCUACUUACUUUGUGACUCACUCUGUUUUUUGUUCAGAGCAAUAGUUACUGAUGUGUACGUCUGUUGUCCGAGACUAACCUCAAGCUCCCAAAAAAAGACAAUCAAUCCUUCAUGAUCAAGACUGUUUUCAAAAGAAAAAAACAUGUCUGAUUCCUUUUGAUAGCAGUCAAACAAUGCCCAUAAAUUUUUAAACGCUCAACCAACAAUUAUGAUUUUCAUUGGAACAUUGUUUCUAGAUCAUAUACAAGUUUUGCUUUAGAUCACCUAAAUAGCAACCGCCUACAGUGACCAUCACAAUUUCAGUCUUCUCACCUUUCAGUUUUAGUGCUCUUUUAUUUUGUUUAUAUUUACUUUGCUACUAUCCUUUUCAACAACUAUUACUCUAAUUUUUAUACAAAAUCCAUUUUCACAUUAUUAUCAGUAUCACUCACAUUAUUACUCUAUUUUCCCAUUACUCAUUUUAUUGCAUAAAACAAGAUUCUACACAUACUUGGACUGUGACUGACUUCACAUACACCAUGGUCGUAUUAGUUACAACUUUAACAAUAUUCUUUAACAAUAUUCUUAUAAUAGUUCUUUCUAACGUAAGUAAACUUGAUAAUGUAACUUACCACUACUAAACCCUUCGGCAUCUUCAUGCAUGAGAUGAUGCAUCACAAACAUAAUAAAAAGCAGCAUAAAUAUAACUCUGACUAAAUGGAAACUUUGAUUCUUUCCUCCGUGUGAAGUUGAACUCGCCUCUUAAAAAGGGAAUUCAUCACUUCAAUGAUACUCUAAAGUGUAAUAAUUCCACCUCCACUACUCCUUAUAUCCCAUUUUACAAAACGUUAAAAUAACAAGCGAACAUUAACAUCUGUUUGUUUACCUGUUGCACAGCUAUGACCAAACAAUUUGAAGAAACUUUGACAACCUCUCGAGAUCAUCAUACUUCGGAUAAUCAUUCCUCAUAAUUCUUAGAAAAAUAAUUAAGGCUAAACAAGUUACAAAAAUAGCCAUAGUCAACCAGUUGAAGAUGGAGAACCAAUAGAUUAGCAAAACAAAAUAAACUCCUUAAAGUCUUAUAAAGCUUAAACAAACACUUGAAAAUAUGAAUUGGAUAUAGAAAUUGUGACGCAAGAAAGCAAUGAAACACUCAGUAUGAGUACAUUAUGAUAGUGUGAACCAUAAAUAAUAGACAACCAAAAAAGAGUCUAUAUACAAAAGCUGACACAUACACGAUGCUCAAAUAAAUGAUAAUACAAAUAUACAUCAAAACGUAGGGCUAAUGGAACAUUCGUCGAAAUCUUUGUACAUAAUACCUCAAGCCAACCUUUCCACUUCUUCCUAAAUUAUAUUGGUAUUGGGUUGUCUUGGACGAGAUUAAUAUGAAAGAUCUAUAAAAUGAAACAAAAAAAUUUAAAACCUACAUACCAAUCCUUCUCAACCCAAAACAUAAUAAACUACAAUAACCUCAAAAUUAUGAGUUAAUCUUAAAAAACAACCAACAUCAAGACCAUUUUAAACCAACUCUAUAAUAUAGAUACAACCAUUAGGAGCAACUACAAUAAUGCAUACCACAUAUAAUUCUUCUUCCAAUCAAACCAUCCACCCUAAGCAUAAUUAAAUACAUAAAUCAUUAUCAUAUAUAUCCUUCCAUUCAAAAUCCUAAAACACGAAUUUUUUUAUCUAACAACAAUUAUACAACCCAAAAUAACAACAAAUGCAUAUCCAUAUCCCGCGCGUAGCGCUGACCGACUCUAGUAAGUAUAAAAUUAAUACCGUGAAUGUGAAUGUUAAUUUAUUUACGUUUAUGAUGAUUGAUACGAAAGAAGAAAAAUUAAGAGAAAAAAAAGCUAUAAAGACUGGAUAUUGCGGCAAUAUAUGUUUAGAAAAUGACCGACCCAAAGUGUAACAUCCCGGGCCCGGCCCAAAAGGAAACUCAAGUGCAGGAGGCCCAAGGAGAAGAAACCCUAAACAUAACCCCUCCCAUUGCUUACAAAAGGAGAAGUUUCCCUAGGGUUCAGCCACAAGAGAGACAGCAAGCGAAGCCCUGCCUGAGCAGAACCCCGCCGCCGCCUCCGCCUCAAGCCGCCGCCGCUCCAUCUCCAAUGAAGCCAGCCGCCAGCCGCCCGCGAAGCCCUAGCCGCCGCAACCGAGCUCCUAGCCGCCGCCUCCUUGAUUCAGUUUCGUGCAAGCAACUGAGAUCUGAACCCUAAAGAUCUCGAGAAGUGACUGUUCCCCAAACCUAGAUCCAGAUCUACUUCUGCAAAAAGCUAAGGUAGGGCCGAGAGGGAGCGGGAGUAGAUGUCCGUAUGGUGCAAGUGUUUUCUCGAGUCUUUCAUUUAUGACUCCUUUCUUUCAACCAUUUCUUCUUAAGUUUUUAUUCGACAUUUCAGUUUUGUUGAGUUUGGUUUUAUGUAAGAUAAAUUUGAGUUUUAAUAAGAGUUUUGAACGAAAAGGUUUGGGGUAAAGCAUUUGAUAAGGUUCAUCGGGCCAAGGCCGUUACAAUUGGUAUCAGAGCCAGGUUAAACCCACCCGGUGUUGUCCCGGGUGGGAAGGGCAGGGUCGGGUAGAAGUAGGAAAAAAAAAAAAAAAAAAAGGUUUCAAAAGGACUUCUUCCGAACGUUUUUCUAAGUGUUUCAAAAAGGAGUUUAAAAAAAAAAAAAAAAAAAAUGCACCACUCGGACGGAACUCCUAGCUCACUCGGUGGACAAUAGAAUACGAGUAGAACCGUAGCUAAUACUCCUUCACUUGUCAACAGAAUGCCUCCCAAGAAUGCCAGAGUUGCAAGGCCAGCUGCGGCCAUCCCGAGAGCGACACGACGGGUCACCAGGUCUGCGUCUCAAGCCUCCAACGAGGCAGAAAGCCGAAGAGAGGGCGCACCCGAGAAUGGGAACCAAGUGGAAAUGCCGAACGUGGUGAAUGCAGCGCUCCUGGAAGAACUGCAAAAAUACCGUGAUGCCUAUGGGGGUCAAUUGCUCAAUGGUGAAGCCGCCGCAGAGGCGGGGGAAAACCCCAUACCACCUGGGGCGGCCCAGAAUCUGCCACCACCGCCACCACCCCCGGCAGCGCCUGCGGUGGUGCACGCCCCAGGCCCCAACUACUGGGACAUGCUGAGACACAUGAAGAGUAUGCAGACGGAGUUUUUCAAUGGAAAGGCUGACGCAAUUGUCGCGGAUAACUGGAGACGUCAACUCGAGAGGAACUUCGCUUCUGCAAGGUGCCCACCGGAGUUCCGUAGGGACCUGGCUGCUCACUAUCUUAAGGACGACGCACUAGUGUGGUGGGACGAAGUGGUCGAAAGGUCACACGGGACACGACUGACCUGGGAUGAUUUCCUGGAAGCAUUCAAUGGGAAGUACUUCCCCUUAGAAGCCAUGGACGCGAUGGAAAGCAAGUUUCAGGACAUCCGUCAGGGGUCAAGGAAUGUACGAGACUACGGAGACGAGUUCAACCGACUUCGGAGAUUUGCGGGUUACUACCUGAGUGAUCACGACUUAAUCCGCCGUUUCCUCAAAGGCAUGAGAGGGGAACUGAGGAAUAGCUGCAACGUGAGGGAAUAUCGUGAUGUCCAUGAGCUGAUUGAGAAAGCCGCAGAACAGGAAUCAGGGCUCGAGGAAGAACGAAAACAGAACCAGAACUCCCAGAACCGGGGUGCCAAACGGCCCCGAGAUGCACUGCCCGCGACUGAGCCUGCCCCGUUAAGGCCCGCAUGUGAAAGGUGUGGACGAUUCCAUGCGGGGGAGUGCAGAACAGGAGCAUGCUUCGCCUGCGGCGAGCGCGGCCAUAUGGCGAGGGAUUGCCCGAAGGAGAGACAGGCCCAACGCAGGCGCUGUCACCGCUGCGGCUAGGAGGGACAUCAGGCGUGGGAGUGCCCAACACUCCAAAGAGGAAACGCGGAAGGGGCGUAACCCUAACAGCAGAGAGGGCAAGCCGCAGGGCCAAGAGCGUACGCCGUCGAGGGUCGCGAAGGAGCCGAACCAAUCGCGGGUAUGUUUUGAUUUAACGCUACGAUUAUGUUAUAUGAAAAGAACUGUUAGUAGUCGUGUAGCUUAGUGUUAGUGUUGUGUAGGGUCUGUCGCGGUCGGAGGAGUGACAGCGUUCACUCUCUUCGACACCGGGGCAACUCACAGUUUUGUAAGCCCUAGACUUACGCGUGAGUGGGACUUUAAGGGGAACUUCAACCCCAUGGUAACGGGAGUCGAGACGGCAGGAACAGAGAAAAUGGCCACGAGGGGAAGAUAUGAAGAAGUACCGGUGAUCCUCGCAGGAGUGAAUUUACCCGGAGACCUGCUGGAGUUAGAACUGGGGCGUUACGAGGUGAUCUUGGGAAUGGAUUGGCUAGCACAACACAGAGCCGUGGUCGAGUGUGCCAAAGCAUGCGUUAGGAUUCCGCUUGAUGGGAGGCAAAUCGUGUACAGAGGAAUGAGAACUAGGACCGGAAUAACUGUGGUGUCGAUGGCCCAUGCUGAAGAAGCAAUCCGGAAAGGAGGAGAAGCCUUUUUAGCCACUAUUGAAAUGGUGGGUGAGACCGAAACGCCAGAUCUGGGAAAUAUCCCUGUAGCAGCAGAGUAUGCAGAUGUGUUUGAACCAUUACGCGGACCCCCACCUCAACGAAAUAAUGCUUUUACGAUUGAGCUAGAACCCGGAACCGCA